UGCUCCAGUAAACGCGUUGUGAAAACAGACUGUAUGUCCUAUUCAGGCCGCCGUAUUUACCCUGUGACGGCUAACUGGUACUGUUGUGCAGCUGCUGCUAUUUUUUUUAUUUUGAUAAAGAAUUCAUGGAAUAAACCUUGAAGACAAACUCAGAUAUGAGUGAUAUCCGUCACGCUCUGCUGCGGCGAGACCCUCUGAGUGCAGCUAAAGAGGUCCUUUACCACCUGGACAUAGCAUUAGGCAGCACACUGCAGAAUGUCCCUGGCCUGGACAAGAACACUGUGGACCUGGUGGAGGAGUUCAUAUUCCAUGUCCCAAAAGACAGGAACACACCACGUAAGAGGAUGAGCUGUGUUCAGGAGCUGCAGCUGUUAGAGAUCAUGUGCAGUUAUUUCCAGGAGCAGAGUAAAGAUGCAGUCAGACAGGUGAUCUUCUCAGCGCUCUUCAGUCUGCAGGGAAACAAAGCCGAUGAGAAUCGCAUGGCCACACUGGGCAAACUGGUGUCCAUGGCCAUCGCCGUGUGCAGAGUACCCAUCCUAGAGUGUGCUGCCACCUGGCUGCAGCGUACUCACUCUGCGUGGUGUGUGCGGUUGGCGUUGGUGUUGGUGGAUGAUUAUUGCACAUUGGUGCCAGGAUCCAUCACAACACUGCAGAACGUCUGUUCAGCCAGUCCUCGCUUCUGUUGCCAGCUGAUCACCGCUGUCACCGCCCUGUACGACUUGUCCUCAGAUGAGUUAACUCCGCCCCCCACACUGUUGGACAUGGUGGUUGGUUGGAUCACAGAAGACCCCAGACUGCUCCUGUUGACCUUCAUCAACACUCCUCUGACCUCUAGCUUGCCGCUGGGGUGUUUGGAGGUCACACCCCUCACUGGGCUGCUCCGGUGGUGUGUGAAAGCACCGCUCGCCUCUCAGAGAGCCUGCAAGUCAGCAGUGCCCGGAGCCCAGCUGGAGCAGGAGAACAGGGCAGUGUGUGAAGAGCUGUACUCCAAACUGCACCUGAGUGUUCUUCAGGUGUUCCUCAUGUUGCAGGUACAUCUGACGGAGCAGAACCUGCUGGGGCGUCUCGCCGUGCUGCAGGUGGAGUCAGUGGCCGCUCUGGUAGAAGAAGUGAGCGGGUUGGUGGAGGAACUCAAUCCGCUUCAUGCUGCCAAUCACAUCCAGCUGGCUCUGGAUAGACUGGCCCAGGCCCUGCAGGUUGCCAUGGCAACAGGAGCCUUGCUGUGUUCCAGAGAGGACCUGAGAUCUCUGUGCUCCAGACUGCCUCAUAACAAUAUGUUACAGCUGGUCAUGUCCGGUCCGGUGGUUCCGCAUGGCGCGGCGUUCCAGCCCAGCGUGUAUCCCUAUAUCCACCCCGCUCGGCCCACUCCGCUCUCACCCCACCACGCCCUCUCUCCUCUGCCCACCCACCCCACCCUCACCACACACCACCAGCUAACACCACACACAGCACACUCGCCCCUCCCCUCUCCGCACGCCUUCCACCCCGCCUCCAUGGCCUUCCCGUACCGCCCCAUCCGCUGAGCUGCGACUCAUCAGCACAUGUUAGUGUGAGAUCAGAUGUAUUAGAACAUUAAUCAGCAUGUAAAUGAAGACAUUUCACCAGGGUUAAAGUCGACUGGCUGUUUCUGUUGUUUGUGUUUUUUACUUAACGUUCAUUCUGAAACAUGAUGUAAAAACUUUCUCUAACUGAUGUGUUGGAGUCUGUUGGAUGUCUCCAUAAACACUUUGUAUGUUUGUUCUAUGAUGGUGGAGUUUUCUAAAUAAUAAUUCAGAAUGACUUGAGUUAGUUUCCCAUGUAAUUCUGUUACACAAUAUUUAUAGUCGCACCGUCAGCUCCGUGUAGAACUGGACGUUUGGAGCGCUUUCAGGCUCUGAGUGACGAUUACAGACGUGUGUGUCGUCUCAUCACCGGUUAGAGGAUGUAAAAUAAAGAUAAAUGAAGUGGUUGUGAA